UGCGCGCCGCGCUGCGGGCCGGGCGUCGAGGUGUUCUGGUCGCGGCGCGACAAGGACUUCGCGCUCGUCUGGAUGGCCGUGUGGUCGGCGCUCUGCUUCUUCUCCACCGCCUUCACCGUGCUCACCUUCCUGCUGGAGCCUCACCGGUUCCAGUACCCCGAGCGGCCCAUCAUCUUCCUGUCCAUGUGCUACAACGUCUACUCGCUGGCCUUCCUCAUCCGCGCCGUGGCCGGCGCCCAGAGCGUGGCCUGCGACCAGGAGGCAGGCGCGCUGUACGUGAUCCAGGAGGGCCUGGAGAACACGGGCUGCACGCUCGUCUUCCUGUUGCUCUACUACUUCGGCAUGGCCAGCUCGCUGUGGUGGGUGGUCCUGACCCUCACCUGGUUCCUGGCGGCCGGCAAGAAAUGGGGCCACGAGGCCAUCGAGGCCCAUGGCAGCUACUUCCACCUUGCGGCCUGGGGGCUGCCCGCCCUCAAGACCAUCGUCAUCCUGACCCUGCGCAAGGUGGCCGGGGACGAGCUGACCGGGCUGUGCUACGUGGCCAGCAUGGACGCGGCGGCGCUCACGGGCUUCGUGCUGGUGCCUCUCUCCUGCUACCUGGUGCUCGGCACCAGCUUCCUCCUGACGGGCUUCGUGGCCCUCUUCCACAUCCGCAAGAUCAUGAAGACGGGGGGCACCAACACCGAGAAGCUGGAGAAGCUCAUGGUCAAGAUCGGCGUCUUCUCCAUCCUCUACACGGUGCCCGCCACCUGCGUCAUCGUGUGCUACGUCUACGAGCGCCUCAACAUGGACUUCUGGCGCCUGCGCGCCACGGAGCAGCAGUGCAGGGCGGCGGCCGUGCCCGGAGGCCGCAGGGACUGCUCGCUGCAAGGGGGCUCAGUGCCCACCGUGGCGGUCUUUAUGCUCAAGAUCCUCAUGUCGCUCGUGGUGGGCAUCACCAGUGGCGUGUGGGUGUGGAGCUCCAAGACUUUCCAGAGCUGGCAGAGCCUGUGCCACCGCAAGAUGGCUGCCGGCCGCGCGCGGGCCAAGGCCUGCCGGACACCCGGGGGCUACGGCCGGGGCCCCCACUGCCACUACAAGGCCCCCACUGUGGUCUUGCACAUGACUAAGACGGACCCCUCUCUGGAAAACCCCACGCACCUCUAGGGACAGGCCUGGGGCGGCAGCGGCGGCGGCCCCCCUAUCAGCCCUCCCCCUCCCGAAGGGACAGCUGGCUAGCAGCUGCCCAGCUGUCAAGGUCAGGCAAGUGGGCGCCAAGGACCGGAGCACCAGGGCAGCGGGGGCGCCUUCAACCCCUCGCUUGUCAGGGUCCACGGGGGCUCGCGGCCCUCACCCCCACGGAGCCCUGCAAG